CCGCUAUAAAAUCAUACUCCACUUCUCCAAGUGGCAUUCACAUUCAGGUCUUCUGAGCGUCAAGUGAAUUGUGCUGUUCCGUCUAAUUCUGUUUUGUGUGGUGUUAUUUUCAAGUUUUUUUUGAAAAUAUUAAAAAUGGCAAGCAUCGACUACAACUACUUUAUUUCCCCCCAUGCUUCUAGAAGGAGACCAGCCCUUACUAGAGAAUUAACUAAACGCGCGUAUGCAGUUAAAGAUACCAUAUCCCUAGCAGAAGGAAUGCCCAAUGAAGUAACAUUUCCCUUCGAAAAAAUGCAGAUUUUGAUGAAAGAUGGUACAACGCUUACCCUUCAAGGUCAGCAAUUACAUGCUGCUCUACAAUACAUUCCGACACAAGGCUAUCCUCCACUGGUGAAAACAUUAAAAGAAUUUAUGCAAAAAGUGCACCAACCACCUAACUGGCAGGACCGGGAUUUGAUAGUAACCAACGGAUCACAGGAUGGCAUAAGUAAAUCUAUUGAACUUUGCAUUCAAGAAGGUGACCCAGUACUUGUACAAAAUCCUCUUUACACUGGUACGGAGAUAGUUCUGAAACCUUUCAAAGCCGAACUGAUUGGUAUCGACCACGACCAAUAUGGAAUGAGCGCUCAGAAACUGCUAGAUGUCUUAGAAGACCGGAAAGCAAAGUAUACAGAAGAAGGUGGAGGGUGUAAAAUGCCUAAAGUCCUUUAUCUUAACCCGACGGGUUCAAAUCCAACGGGUACAACUAUGCCAGCAGAGAGAAGAAGAGAAAUCUAUAACAUCUGCUGCAAGUACAACAUACUCAUCUUGGAAGAUGAUGCUUAUUGUUUCAUGCACUUCUUGGACGAAAACCCUCCAUCUUUUCUCUCUCUAGACACAGAAGGGCGUGUCGUAAGAUUCGAUUCUUUAUCAAAAGUAUUAAGUUCUGGUCUCAGAAUGGCAUGGAUAACUGCGCCAAAACAAAUAAUUGCAAACAUAGAACUGCAUAUACAAAGUUCCUAUUUACAUUCCAGCACUUUAUCUCAGGUCAUUACUGAGAAUUUGCUGCAAACUUGGGGUCACGACAAAUUUAUGGAACACCUCAACUUUGUGAAAAAGUAUUACAAGGCUCGUCGUGAUUUAACGAUUGUGUCGAUGGAGCGCCAUCUUAAGGGUCUUUGCGAAUGGACGGUUCCUACUGGAGGAAUGUUCGUCUGGAUUAAAGUACACGGUGUUUCCGACGUCUACGAUAUGCUGAUGAGCCGUGGAUUGAAGAAGGGUAUUACUUUUGUACCUGGGCAUGCUUUUAUGGCCGAUCCCACAAAAGCAUGCAGUUAUAUUCGAGCUUCCUACAGCAAAGCUUCCCCUAAGCAAAUUGAAAAAGCUAUGAAGCUUUUGGCAGAACUGAUAAGGGAAGAACAUUUGUUGUUGCGUAGGAAGCUAGAUAAUUGUACUUAAUCUUUAUACAGAAUAUAGAAGGUUUUCUAUAUUGCUUUGAAAAAGCCUUGUUAAUCAUCUCUAUACCUUAUAAUUCUGAUGUAGAAAGGAGUUAGGGUACUAUUUUAUCGACUUUAUUAGUUAUGCUAUUCACUAGCAGAGGGUGGUGCGAUUUAUGAAAUGGCCUAUCUGUACACGCUAUAAAGUUUUCACAUAAUUAUAUUAUGAAAUAAAUAUUGGUGUAAGGAAUAAGUUUAACAGUGUAAAUUGUCUUUUAUAUUUUAAUAAAUGAUUGAAGUUA